UCUAGCUAGCCCCUUUCCGCAAAGGUGACAUGGUUGGUAGAUUUCCGAAGAUACGAUGGGCGCAGACGACAAAUGUCGGUUAUGUGCCAAACUCAAAUAUGCCAAACACUUUUAUGGCGGUGGCUAUUGAUCUUCCAGAUUUUAAGUCACCAACUGGAGCCAUUCAUCCAAGAUACAAACAAGAUAUCGCCGCUCGUCUUGUGUUAGGGGCUAGGAAUUUGGUCUACAGCGAUAGUGAGGUUGUCUUUCAAGGUCCUUUUCCUACAGGAUAUAGUAUUAAUCCGCAGCGACAAACAAUGCUGAUAACCUUCAAUAAUGACAAGAGUAGUUUACAAGUAAACCACAAAAAUGGUUUCGAGAUAUGCUGUGCAAGUUCCGCGACAGCAUGCAAAAACCAGAGUUCUUGGGCAAUUGUAGAUAUUGUACAAUAUCAGCAAUCAACGGUUGAAAUCGACACACUGGAUUGUUAUUUACAACACAUUGUUGGCGUAAGGUAUUUAUGGAGGAACAGUCCUUGUGCUUUGAAGCAAUGUGCUUUAUAUGAUAGUGACACUCAGUUGCCGGUUCCACCUUUCAAAAAGAUUUUUGGACCGUCAGAAGAAUCUGUGAUUUGAUAUUGAGCUUUAAUUUAUUUUUGUUGAAAUACUUGUAAAUGUUAAAAAACUUUCCGAAACAAAGAAGCGUGCUUUUACGAUGGAAUUAUUCUAAGAGAAGGAAGGCGCUUUACGCCGAUUGGUUAGAAUUGAUCAUGUGAUUAGAUGGAGCUCUCUGAUUGGUUGUUGUAUAAAUGCAACAUUUACCCAAAUGCUAUACAAUGACAUAAAUUAUUUUAUCUACCAUAAAAUGCAUAUAAUAAAUAUCCAUAUGAAGUUUAUCUUUUCAUUAUUUGAUAUAUCUUUUGGACAGGCUUGCAUGCAAUCUCUUACAUGACAACACAGUAGUCUUCCUUAGCUGUUACAUACUUGCUGCUCUUGUAUUGAUCGCAAUGUGCUUUCUAGCUUUGGAUUAGAUAUCGCAAUUAUUGCAUUGAAUUAAAUAAAUAUCUAUAUAUACUUCCUUGAAAGGCCACAAAAGUAUUAUACAUUUCAUACCCCACAAACGAAGUAUAUAGAAGUGAGCUUGUCGGUCGGUUGGUCUGUCUGUCGGUCCGUUAGCUUUCAUGGUUUCCGGACAAUAACUCAGGAAAGGCUUGACAGAUUGAAAUAAAUUUUAGUACAUAGGUGUAACAUCAUAAAGUACAGGUCAAGUAGUUCGACUUUGGCUACAAAGCACCAUUUUUGACGUGGCCCCUUUCCAACUUAAGAUUUGCCAAACUCUUGGCUUCCGGACAAUAAUUCAUGAAAGGCUGGACAGAUUUAAAUAUUUUUUGGUACACAGGUGUAAAAUCAUAAAAUGCAGAUCAAGUUUGACUUUGGUUACAAACCAAUUUUUUUACGUAGUUAUGGCCCUUUACCAACUAAAAAUUCACCAUACUUCUGUGACAAUGCCGUAUUGUGGAGGUAUUAUUCGCAUUACUGUGACAGCUGUAGUUUCUUCUUAUUUGAGUUUCGUUAGUAAAAUAUUUGCUGUGUAAUGAUGACAAAAGGCAAGGUAAAUUGGCGAGAACAUGCUAUUUCAAAAAGAAGCUACCAGAGGUUGUAAGUACUGCUAUGUAAUGAGGGCAUGGACACAUUAUGACUACCAAAUAAUUCUACGCCCUUACUAAAACAACGAGGGCGUCCUUUAUCUAAGACAACAAUGUAUGUAAGACGUUCCUUAACCUUUACCCUGCUAAAUUUCUAAAAUAGACUGGUCUAUCAUUCAAUUUGGACAGUACCAUUUAUUAUUCGAAGGGGUAUUCACUGAAAAUUUACUGACUGAAUAGUGGACAGAGCAGACUAAGACCAGCCUGCUACUGCCCUGAAUCUUGCUUACCGACAAAUCUGACCUUCCUAAUUAACCCUGAAAUUGCUUUGUCAAACAAAUUCAUAAUAUCAGAAUGUCACUGCAUUCCUAUAAAGUACACCACAAUAAAAUAAUCUGAUAAAUAAAUUGCCUUUAUCACUUGAUUGUGUUCUUAUCAUGCACUUCCCAAUUAAAGUUACUAAAUAAGAACCGGGUUAUUACUGAUUUUUUGGGGAGAAUUAUAAACAACGCACCUAAGUAUAGGUAAGAGGUUUUGAUGUAACAUGGUGUAGGAUUUUAUUCGUAUAUUUUUCACCAAUCUGG